AUGACUUCUCAGACCGUCCUCCUGUGCGUCUUGGCGCUCGCGUCUUUCUUCAGCUCUGCUUUGAGCUCUCCUAUGUGCAACAACCGCUGCUGCCGUUUCGUGGAGGGCUUCCCCGUCAGGCUCAAGAAGCUCAGACAGGACUAUUCACGGAUCAGAGAUUUCUACGAAGCAAACGACGACUUAGACUCAGCGCUGCUAGAUCAGUCUGUCGAAGACUCCUUUAAGAGCCCGUUUGCCUGUUACGCCAUGAACAGCUUACUGGAAUUUUACCUGGACACGGUUCUGCCGACAGCCAUGGCCGGAGUGACUGAAGACACCAAGAACUUAAAGCCUCACGUGGAGUCCAUACAAGAAAUUUUCAAUACCCUGAAGAGAGAUGUCACCCAGUGUAGGAACUACUUCUCCUGCAAAAAACACUUCGACAUCAACAAUCUGAACUCUACUUACACUCAGAUGGAGAGCAGAGGUCUAUACAAGGCCAUGGGAGAGCUGGACAUAUUGUUUAACUACUUUGAGACGUACCUGGCUUCUAAACGACACAGACAAUAACCUCUGCACGAAGACCUCCUGACCUAAAUCAAGAUAUGAA